GCCAUCGCCUCUCAGCGCCUUCUCUUUCAGGGCAUGACACGAUGAUGCGUAAAGGKGAGAUGAAAUGCGYGACUCUUUACAUGGCUGUGGGCUUUAUUGUGACGUGUUAUUUGGCGCAAACGGCGAACUGUCACCGACCGGAGGAAACGGGAAAACGGAGGGGARCAACGUUAGGUGUCCAAGAGGGGACCAUCGUGUUCGGCAGGGAAGCUGAUUCGCACGUCGCAAACGGGAAGAGGAAAGCGCCGCCAAACGCUUAUGCUGUGGAGGAUGAGAGGGCUUAUCAAGCGGACUCUGCAGGCUGGUCAGAGGGACAGGCACAGGAGACCAGUCCCAGAGAAGCGUCAUGGAAGCGCAUGGCACCUUCCCUGCAAUGYGGAGGGAMCCAGAUGAAGUUCAGAGCAGUGGGACCAGGAGUGUCGCAGUUUGCAGUGGAACAAGGAAAUGAACCUCCAAUGCCUCUGUCUCAGGUCCCCUCCACCUGUGGCUACACCAUGCUGAGGAACUCUUUUGCACUUGUGAUGCUGGUUCCAUAUGAUGCAUGCAGUAUGGUUCAAGAGGGUGGAAGUUAUGUGCUGCCAAUGCGUUGGCAGGGAAUCCCAGUCUCUCUCUGGUGCCCCAAACCUGCUGCAACCCCCUCUGCAACUACUCCUGCACCUGCAACCACUUCUGCUAAACCACAGGAUCCUGUACCUCAGACACUCAAGUCCCCCCCAUCUUACCCUCAUGUGCCAGUGAUGCCUCCCAACAGCAUGAACCAAGGUGUUCCACAAUCAUAUCUCUUUGCACCAUAUUGGGGUUAUCCUCAGUACCCUUCAGUAGUUGUACCGCAAACCACAAUGCCCACAACUACCACGGCAGAACCAACCACAACGACCACAAGUACAAAGAAACCAGAGAUGCCUAAAAUUCCACAAUACCCCKCUUUCUUCCCCCCUAAUUAUGCUUACUUUGCACCCCUGUCACCAGUUACAACGGCAGCACCAAAGACAGUGGCUACUUCAACCACCAAAUUGACCACCACUGUAAAGCCAGUAGCUAAAGAUCCUAACCCUAUGUUUCAGUAUCCUGCCUACCCACCUUUUUAUCCUCCCRAUCCUUGGCCUCUCCCUGGGCCUCUGCCAACUGCUGCAGAGACUACUACAACUACUCCUCAAACAACCACGACUCAACCCACAACUACACAAUCUCCGUUGCCCCAGUUGCCGCAGUUUCCAAAGUUGCCGCAGUUUCCACCAUACGGGCCCCUGUUGCCGCAGUUUCCACCAUACGGGCCCCUGUUGCCGCAGUUUCCACCAUACGGGCCCCAGGUGCCGCCGUUUCCACCAUUCGGGCCAUUUCCUCCCUAUCCUUUUCCUCAGUUUGUCCCACCGUUUGGCCCAAAUCAUCAAACUACUAAGCCACUAUGACAGCAGCACCAACUACACAAAUGACGACCACCACAACAGAGAAAACGGAACCCAUGCUGACUUCAGUGCUGCAGUAUCCCUCAAAUGUCAAACUUCAAUUUCCAGUUUAUCCAUAUCCUUUUCCUUAUCCCCCUCCUCCAGGCUUCAAUAAAUGGUAAAUGGUUUGAGUAACACAA